CUAAACUGAAACCUCCUGCACCGGUGCGUCUCUGUUUUAUUCUCGCCGAUCAUUCAUUCAUUGUAAACAAGUGGCUGCAGCUGUCUGUGAUGUCACUGUGCCGCGUAGCUGAGGAGGAGACAGACCGUUUCUGCUCUGAGAACCCCAGCAAACAGCUGAGCGUGUGAAGCGUUUUCAGCUGUCUGAGCUCUCAUCUACGCUUUGCAGCUGCGGCAUCAGACCGAUGAGGCAGAGAGCGGAGGAGACACUCUGAAGCGGCGCUGCUGUUGUGCUCACCAGCCAGAAGAAGACCUGCCUUUACCGGACAAAGAGUUGGCGCGCCGCCGUUACCAGAGAUGGAGCAGGCGAACGUGACAAACAGCGUGGGGAACUACACGGAAAGCUGUCCCUCCAUCGAUGAGUUCCGUAAUCAGGUCUACUCCACGUCCUACUCUCUCAUCACCGUCUUGGGGUUUGUGGGGAACGGCUUUGCCCUGCUGGUGCUGUUCAGAACGUACCGCGAGGGCUCGCCCUUCCACGUCUACAUGAUUAACUUGGCCAUGUCGGACCUGCUGUGCGUGAUGACCCUGCCGCUGCGGGUUCUCUACUACGUCAGGAAGGGCCAGUGGGAGCAGGGGGACUUUCUCUGUCGCAUCAGCUCCUACUUCCUCUACGUGAACCUCUACUGCAGCAUUUACUUCAUGACCGCCAUGUCCGUCACGCGGUUCCUGGCCAUAGUUUUUCCUGUGCAGAACCUGCGGCUGGUGACGGUGGGCCGCGCUCGCCUUGUGUGCCUGGGGAUAUGGAUCUUCAGCAGCGCCGCGUCCUCCCCCUUCCUCAUGUCCGGUCAGUCCUACGACAAAGUGACAAACAAGACCAAAUGCUUUGAGCCCCCACAGCAUUCCAGCAGUCGUCUCCCCAAACUGGAGGCGCUGAACUACUUCUCUCUGGUGAUAGGGUUCGUCCUGCCCUUCCUGGUUAUACUACUCUGCUACGCCGGCAUAGUCCGCACUCUGCUUUCCCGCACCCCCGCGGCCCGCCGACAGCAGAACUCGGCAUCCAAAGCCAUCCGGAUGAUCGUCAUCGUCCUGCUGACCUUCCUGGUCAGCUUCAUGCCCUACCACAUACAGCGCACCAUCCACCUGAAUUUCCUCUCCAGGAAGUCGAGCUGCGCAGAGCAGACCUCCAUGCACAAGUCCGUGGUGGUGACGCUGUGCCUGGCCGCCUCCAACUCCUGCUUCGACCCCAUGCUGUAUUUCUUCUCCGGGGAGGGUUUCCGCAACCGCCUGUCCUCCCUGCGCCAGACGAUGAGAAACAGCACCCUGCACCGCGUUUCCAAGCAGAAGCCCACCAUGAUCCCGGAGUCCAGGGAAAACCACAACCUGGACGCAAGUUAAAGCGCAGCCGGCCCGGGGGGUCUUCAAACAAGCAGAGGUUCUCAGGCUGAGAGAGGAAACCGAAAGAACAUUGAAAGAACAUGAAGUGUGGGGGGGGGGGACGCAUAACCAAUGUUGCUGGUUAAACUUACAGCAUGAGAGUUUAAAUGUUUAGUAACUUAUAAGACUAAUGAAGACAGGUUUCAUUUAAAUGAAUAUUUAUUUUUGAAAAGAUUGCUUAUCUAAACGAGUAACGUGAUAUCGUCUGAAUAAUAAAUGAUAAUAUAUUGUAAUCCACAGCUAGAAAUGUAGGUCAUACCAUUGUAGGGAUACAUUCUAGAACAUGUGUUUUUAACCUGAAUGUAAUGAAUGUGUCGUGUUUCAUACCAAUGAAGGAUAAAGCUGUCUCAGUGAAAUACUGUGGAAAAAAACAAUAAAACAAAUGUGGAAACAGACAAUAAAUGCUGUAGAUAAACAUCA